AUGUCGAGAGGCAGAAGCGAGGAGCUGACCAACCGCUGCGGUCAGGCUAAACCGCCAGGUGCAAGCGCCAAAGCCGCCGGCCCGCUCCAGGCCGCUUGGGCUGAGCCACAACCGGAGAGCCUGCGGCAGGCUCUCGCUGCGGAGCGGCCCAGGGGCACGGCGCCGGUGCCGGGAGGAGCCGCAGGGACCCGAGCAAGUGCCGCUGAGGCCGGCGGGGUUCACCGCAGCCCUCCCCGCCCCGGAGACGAGCUGCCGGGUCGGGAAAGCCGGGGCAGGGCCGGCCGGUUCCUCCGGAGCAGCCGGGGAUGCCCGCUAGCCCAGCAGGGGCCGGCUGCCCGCUCGGCAUCCGGCGGCUGCCCCCAGGCUCCGCGCCCCAUGCGCAAUCCCAGGAGAGUCCGUUCCGCACGGCUGCCGCACCGGGCCCCCAGAGGGAGUCCCCCGCUCGCCUUCUCCACCGUCACACAUCCCGGCCCCGCGGGUGCCUUACCUCUGCCGGCGCCCUGGAGAUGGGGAACCUCCUCGGCCCGAGAGGCUGCCGUGCGUGCCGCUGCCGCAGGACGGCCGCCGCCGGCUGAAUGUGCUGUCUCACGCUGGCCAGGCUCCUCCCGAGAGCUGCCGCCGCUGCCGCCCUCCUCCUCCUCCUCCCGCCGCCUCCUCCCCUCAGCCAGCCGGGCCCGCGGUGGGCUGCGCGCAGGUCCCCUCCCGUGCCGCCCCCGCACCGGCGCAGGCUCCCCGCGCGAGCGGCAGCUGCCCGCCACCUGCGCAGCAACGGCAGCAAGGCCCCCGCCCUGCGGCCCCCCGGCCCCCUGCGGCCCCUGCCGCCGCUCGCGUGCCCCCUCUGCGCUGCCAGCCGCCGCCGACCCCAGCCUGGCCGGCACCCAGGCCAGCUCCCCGCGGCCAGGGGAUCCCGGCCCCGCCAUUGGCUGCCCCUGGCCGGCCAGACCCCCCCCGCGCAGCCAAUGGGGGCCGGAGGAGCGCCGCUCUCCCGGGCCCGGCGCGGCCGCCCCGCCGCUGACAUUGCCCAGCGAGCAAUGGCACGCCGGGGCCGCGGGGCCAGCCCCGCAUCCCCUUCGCCAGCCCCGCGGCAUCCCGGCGGCUCCCCCUGCCAGCCCGGCCUGCCUGGCGCUCCACACCGCGGCUUGGCCACCUGCCCGCUGCCCUCGGGACCGCGGGGGCCGGGGGGAGCCCCGCCGUCGCCUGUCACGGGGGGAACCCAGCGGACAGCCCGAGUCCCGCCGCAGCCAGGGGGGGACAGCCCGAGUCCCGCCGCAGCCAGGGGGGGACAGCCCGAGUCCCGCCGCAGCCAGAGGGGGACAGCCCGAGUCCCGCCGCAGCCAGAGGGGGACAGCCCGAGUCCCGCCGCAGCCAGGGGGGGACAGCCCGAGUCCCGCCGCAGCCAGAGGGGGACAGCCCGAGUCCCGCCGCAGCCAGGGGAGGACAGCCCGAGUCCCGCCGCAGCCAGAGGGGGACAGCCCGAGUCCCGCCGCAGCCAGAGGGGGACAGCCCGAGUCCCGCCGCAGCCAGGGGGGGACAGCCCGAGUCCCGCCUCAGCCCGGGGGGGACAGCCCGAGUCCCGCCGCAGCCAGGGGGGGACAGCCCGAGUCCCGCCUCAGCCAGGGGGGGACAGCCCGAGUCCCGCCGCAGCCAGGGGGGGACAGCCCGAGUCCCGCCGCAGCCAGAGGGGGACAGCCCGAGUCUCGCCGCAGCCAGAGGACAGCCCGAGUCCCGCCGCCACUCGCCGUACUACCCACUGGAUAG